AUUUUUGCAGGUUUCUUCUAUUCUUCUUCUCCUCUUGCUUCCUUUCUUUCAUCAUCCAUAAAGUGAAAGCUAACGCAUAGAGCCAUAUCGUCAUAAAAGAAAAAAAUUAUCUCCAAAACAUUCUUUCUUUGCUCUUUACUCUCUCUCUCUCUGCCUUUCUCUUUGUCAAAGUUCAUGGAUGCUACGAAGUGGACGCAGGAUUUUCAAGAAAUGAUAAAUGUAAAACCAAUAGAGCAGAUAAUUUCAAACAACACUUCGCAACAACAACUACAAACAUUCAUCGCCACCACAGAGAGACCAAACCACACCGCAUCCAAAAGCGGAUCCGGCGCCGGAAAUGACAACAACACUGCUACUACGAUGGAAAGUAGAAAAGCGAGGCCCCUAGAGAAAGUGAAUUGUCCAAGAUGUAACUCAACCAACACAAAGUUUUGUUAUUACAACAACUAUAGUCUCACGCAACCAAGAUACUUCUGCAAAGGUUGUCGAAGGUAUUGGACCGAAGGUGGCUCUCUUCGUAACGUUCCUGUGGGAGGAAGCUCAAGAAAGAACAAGAGAUCCUCAACACCUUUAGCUUCGCGGUCCAAUCCCAAGCUUCCAGAUCUAAACCCACCGUUUCUUUUCGCAAGCCAAAUCCCUAAUAAGUCGUCAAAAGAUCUCAACUUGUUGUCUUUCCCAGUCAUGCAAGAUCAUCAUCAUGGUAUGUCUCAGUUACUUCAUAUGCCCAAGAUCGAGAACAACAAUACUUCAUCUUCAAUAUAUGCUUCAUCAUCUCCUGGAGCCUCUUCAAGAGGCAUGAACAUGUUCUUGCCUGGUCAAAUGAUGGAUUCAAACUCAGUCCUUUACUCAUCUUUAGGGCUCCCAACAUUAAUGGCUGAUUACAAACUGAGUAACAAUAAUCUUUCGUUCUCCACUGAUCAUCAUCAAGGGAUUGGACAUAACACCAUCAACAAUAACCAAAGAGCUGAAGAUAACAAUCAUGCUGGUGAUAUGAAUGGAGCGAGUAGGGUGUUGUUCCCUUUUUCAGACACGAAAGAGCUUUCAAGCACAAACCAAGAGAAGAGCCAUAAUACAUAUUGGAGUGGGAUGUUCAGUAAUACAGGAGGAUCUUCGUGGUGAAGAAGGUAUCAUGAACUUCAUAGCUUUUCUUCUCUUUUUCACUUUAUUACCUCCUUAUUCUAUCAUAUUUUUACUUUGAUGAUCUUUUGUUUUUCUCACAUGGGGUACUUUAGUUAAAGUUGUCAGAACUUAGUUUAGAGAUUGUCUUUUUAUUUUAUCUUCUCUGUUUUUUUUUUAAUAUAUACUAUUUCAUAAUGGGGUUUGAUGGUAUUUUUUUAGUAUCAAAAGGGUCUUUGUAUCAUAGGGGAAUGGUGAGGGAUAUGAGGAUAGAAGAAUAAGUGAAUGCGAGGACUGUGUGUGUAUUCAUCAUUUCUUCCAUCUGUCGAAGUAUUUGUGCAAUCUAUUCUUCUUUUUUUUCCGACAAGUCAAAAACUUUAUUAAUGAUGUAAUCUAUUAAUAAUGAUGUAAACUUUAUUUUUUGUGUAAUCUAUUCAUGUUUUUCU